AUGGCCGUCACUUUCUCCUUCCCCUGGGCCGCCUGGGCGCGGCCAUCCCGACGUAUGCUCUACGUGCUGGGCACGAUCAUGGCCGUCUUCCUCGUCUUGUUCAACUUUGCCCCGCACACACUUCCGCCCGUUAUCGCUCCGGGCCGCGGCGGCUACGCCGACUCAUCCUACCAGUCCCCGGACAAGUGGAUGCCGCCCAUCCUCAGCAACUCCAAGUCGCGCCCACCGCCAGAGUGGGAUGCGAAUGGCAACUGCCUCUUCCUCUCUCCGUUCGAUGCGCUUACGGAUGAGGAGAAGGCGCUUGCCGACACGAUCGAGCUCGAUCUCGUGUCCCCCGGCAAUGUCCGUCUGAAGAACCACACCAGCGAAGUUCCCGCGGACAUCAAGGCAAACCCGAUUCUCCGGCUGCUGCGCGAUGGAGAGGAGAAGUGGAACAACAUGAUGAACUCCCAGAGCAAGACGCUCGAGGAGGCCGUCCGCAAGUACGAGGAGAAGUGGCAGCGACCACCGCCCAAGGGCUUCGACCAGUGGUGGCUGUUCGCCCACUCCCAGAACACGCUGCUCAUCGAUGAGUUUGACUCGAUCAUGGAGUCGCUUCUGCCGUAUUACGGACUUCCGAAGGAGACGCUGGCCGAGCGCACGAAGGAAGCGGAGAAGAUUGUGGAGACGUACACCAUCAUUGUCAAGGACGGCAAGGCGGAGAUCCAGUGGAACGACGACUAUGCCAGGGAUAUGUGGUCUAGCUCUCGUCCACGAGCAGAUGACCAGGUCAAUAUCAUGGAGCCGUUCUUGCACCUUCUCCACGACUUCCGAGCGACCUUUACGAUCCACGACCAGCCCUCUAUCCAGCUCGAGGCUGGCCCACAGAAGGAGCUCGUCGACGCUGCUCUUGCCCAACGGCCCGUCAAGUUUGCGCACGACGUUGACCACCUCGAGCGCGACUGGAAGAAGAUGUGCGGAGAGGACUCGCCCUUGCACCGCGGUGAGGUCGAGACCCACGGCCCCGGCACUUUCAUCCACGACCACCUCCCGGCAAUGGACCCGUGCACCCACCCCUCGAUCAUGGAGAAGCACGGCAUGUUCUUGGAGGUGCACAACAAGGACAGUCACCCUCAGCCGCACAACACUCUCUACCCCAUCUUCGCCCUGUCGAAGACUGCUCUGAACGGGGACAUCCUUGUCACCCCCUUCUUCAGGGCUGGACGCCACGAUGUUGGCUACGACCCCAAGUGGAACGACAAGAAAGGCAAGGUGUACUGGCGUGGACGCGCGACCGGAAUGGAGCACAACAAGGGCGCGAGCUCCAAGUGGAGGCACUCGCAGCGCGAGCGUCUUCACUGGUUGGCAAACAGCAAAAGCUCUGAGCCCAUGACGAUCAUGGAACCAAAGGAUGCCAGCGGCGCAGCCCGGAUGGUCAACCGUCCCAAGAACAAGCUGGGCCAGUUCUACACUGAUGCUAAGCUCGUUGGUGGCCCCUGGCAAUGCGAUGGAAACGACGGCACCUGCGACGAGAUGGCGGCCGAGAUUGACUUUGCUCCGCUCGAGGGCAAGGACAAGGCCAAUGAGUUCAAGUACAUUCUCGACGUCGACGGAAACGCCUGGUCGUCAAGAUUCCCGCGCCUCAUGUUAGCCUUCAACGUCGUCAUCAAAUCGACCGUGUUCCCCGAGUGGUUCUCCCACAUCCUGCCAGAGUGGUAUGCGUACGUCCCGACCAAGGUCGACUACUCGGACCUGUACUCGAUCAUGUCCUUCUUCCGCGGCUCGAUGGACGGCAAGGGAGGGCACGAUGAGGUCGCGCGCCGCAUCGCGCUCAACGGACAAUGCUGGGCUGAGAAGACACUACGUUACGAGGAUCUGCAAGUCUACAUGUUCCGCUUGUACCUCGAGUAUGCGCGGUUGACGAGCCCGGACCGUGACAAUGGCAAGAUGGACUUUGUGCUCGAGGACUACCACCGUGAUGGAUCUUCGAACGAAAAGAAUGCCGGCGACGAGGUCGGCAAGCUUGAGGCUAUCCCCGGCAUCGACGAGAAGCGAUGA